ACGAUCGGUAUUGGGUAUUUAAAAACAAUUUACCUACUACAUAAAUUUCAAUUCAAUUUCCUUGAAGUUGGACUUUAAUAAAUUAUUAAUUGAUAAUAAUAUAAUUUAAUAAUUUGAAAUUUCUUAUACUGAAGUAUUCAAUGAAUUAAAAUGAGUGGUAGUUCAUUUGAUUAUAAUUCACUUUCGUUUGGACGAAUAGCAUCAAUACCAGAUAAAUCAGACGUUUUGGAAUGCCGUGUUUGUGAAGAUAUUUUCACUCUUCAAGGUGACAAAGUUCCACGUUUACUCUAUUGUGGACAUACCAUUUGUCAUUCAUGUUUGUUACGUUUGUACCAACGAUGUUCUUCAGUUCAAUGUCCGUUCGACAGACAAACAACUCCUAUAGGACCCUCAGGAGUUUGGGGUUUAAAAAAGAAUUUUGCAUUAUUAGAACUGCUUGAACGUUUACAAAGAAGCAAUAAAUCGGAAAUUAAUAUCAACUCAUACUUAAAUGCUGAAGCAAUGGAAAAAGAAGAACAAUUGCAUAUAAUUUGUGAUGAAAAUGAAAAUCAUAUAGCUGUUCUCUAUUGCACUGUAUGCUGUACAAACUUAUGUUUUUAUUGUUCUGAACAAACUCACAGUACACGGACAUUAGCUAAACACCGCCGUGUUCCUGUAUCAGAAAAACCACAAGAAAGACCUCGAUGUCCAUUACAUCCGUCUCAUGUGGCCGAGUUUACUUGCUUACAAGAUAGUUGCCAUCAACCAUCACCUCCCUUAAUGUGUUUUGUGUGUAAAGAUUAUGGGACACAUAAAAAUCAUAAGCAUACGUUAGUAGAAACUGAAGCAGAGAAUAUACGAUCAAAAGUAAAAAGUGCUGGACCUUUGAUGCGAAAUUUAAUGGAAGAAAUGAAUGACACUAUUCAAAGAUUAGAUCAAGUAAUGUUACGUUUGGAAGGUUUGGACUCAAAUGGUUCAGUUGAUGAAGAAAGUAAUCCUGGUACAUGCUCCUUGGCACGUGCUAGAGUUCAGUUGUAUUUCCAACAUCUACGCGAAACAUUACAAGUACAAGAAGCCGCUGCCUUAAGUGCUGUUGAUACACAUGUAAGAGAAAGAUUAGGCUCAUUGAGAAGCUUGCAAGAAGAUUUAGCAUCGUCAUUAUCACAAGUGGCUGUCAUAUGUGUUCAAUGUGAGCAGGCUGUUCGACAGGAUGAUUUCCGUGUUAUAUCUGCCAGUGCAGAUAUUAAUCAAGCGCUAAAUGUUAUUGAAAAACAUAAACAGAUGUUUACUGAACUUAGUCCAGAGCAAUUACAACCGGAUCCUAGUAUACCUAUAACUUUUACAAAAGAUAACAGAGUGCAUAUUGGACCAAAAAUGGAAAUUCGUGUUGUCACCUUAGGAUUAGACGGAGCAGGAAAAACUAGUGUGCUUUUCAAAUUGAAACAAAAUGAAUUUAUGACUAUGAUUCCCACCCUUGGAUUUAAUGUAGAAACAGUUGACUAUAAAAACAUGAAGUUUACAAUAUGGGAUGUCGGUGGACAACCUAAAUUGAGACCAUUGUGGAAGCAUUACUAUCUCAAUACACAGGCAGUUGUUUUCGUGAUUGACUCUAGUGACCAACAGAGGCUGUUAGAAUCAUCUAACGAAUUAUCUAAGCUAAUGACAGAAAAAGAAUUGAAAGAUGCUGCAUUAUUAAUUUUAGCCAACAAACAAGAUAUACAUGGAUGUGUGACAGUUGAAACCAUCACUGAAUUAUUUGGUUUGUACAAAUUGUGCUGUGGGCGUAGUUGGCAUAUACAAGCUUGUGAUGCUCAGAGUGGUGCUGGUCUUCAUGAUGGACUCGAUUGGCUUGCUAGACAACUGGUUGCUUCUGGUGUCCAUGAUCUCAACUAAUAUUAUAAUAUUUAAAGAACAUAUUUUCGAAAUCAUAUGGUCUGCUUUAAAUUACGUACAUCAACUAUAUUUUAUUCUCCUCAGUUUUUAAUACAAGUAUUUAUGUUAUAUCUGAAUUUAUGUUAUACUUUUUGUUUAGAUUGCCUUUACGUUUCAAUUUUUAUUGUUAUUGUUAUUUUGUCUUUCCAUCAAUUUGAGAAUAUCAUGCUGAAAAUUUUUUUAAAAUAUUCUAUUAUUGUUUUAUAUUAUUGCCAUACAUGUUAAAUGCUAUUAGAAACCAAAAAACUACUUACAGUAUACUUAAUAUAAGAGAGAAAAGUAUCAUACAUAAUAGAAACCAUGUUUGUAAAUAGAAGUCUGUAUUUUGGGUCUAAAAACUUGAAGUUUAUGUAUUGAGUUGGGACAAAAACUGCACAGUCAACCUAAAAGUAUCCAGUAAUAAUAAAGUUUAUAUUAUAGGCACUUAAGGAAAUUUAAGAAAGAUAUUUUAUUUUAUUUAUUAAAAAUAUUUGUUAAGUAAAUUAUCUUUAAAAAUGUAUAAUAAUUUAUUUUAACAAUCAAAUUCCAAAAGUUUUAAUUAUUAAUAGUUGAUUAAUAUUUUAUUUCUUUGUUUUGUCAAAAAAAAAAUGCUGGCACUUAUUUUUACCAUGCGACUACAGUGUUAACAACUAUUUUAGUACCAAAUUUGAAUGUUAGCCAAAUAGGUAGUGUUACUUAAUAAUUAUCAUAAAAAAAUAAUAUGUACAUUUCUAAAUAAAUCAUACGUAUAACGUAAUA